CCUCAACUGACACCCCCCAACUCGUCCCUCGGGCCUCAUCCCUCCGUAAGAUCUCCAAAACACAUCACCUCUCCUGCUUCACAAUGGAACGCUCCAACAAACCCUCUGCAAUCGGCGUGAGUGCUUCACUUCCACAGCCUUCCGUCUCCGUGAAGGAUGGCAUUAUCGAGGCCAGCUUGCCCUCCGGCGAGUCUGUCGCAGUUUACCUGUACGGCGCCACAGUCACCUCGUGGAAGGUGAACGGUCAGGAACAGCUGUUUAUGAGCAAGACAGCCCAUUUGGAUGGCUCCAAGCCAAUUCGCGGUGGAAUUCCGCUCGUGUUCCCGGUCUUCGGCCCCCCUCCUCAGAACCACGCCACCACACCCCUUCCCCAGCAUGGCUUUGCCCGCAACUCGGCCUGGGAGUUCCUCGGAAAGUCCUCCUCCGAGGCCGGCAGGGGAGACCUCGCUGUCAAGUUGGAUUUCGGCCUGUCGCAUACCAUGCUGAGCGAGGAAUUCCGGAAGGCAUGGCCGUAUGAGUUUGGACUGGUGUACAGCGUCACUUUGACCAAGGAUGCUCUUCGGACCUCGCUCCAGGUCACCAAUGAGGGCAAGGAGAACUUUGAAUUCCAGGUCUUGAUGCACACCUACCUGGCCGUGGAGGACAUCUCCAACGUCCGCGUCAAGAACCUCGAGUCCAAGACCUACAUCGACAAGACCCGCAACGCAAGCACCCACACGGAAUCCUCCCCUGCCCUGGCCAUUACCGAAGAAACCGAUCGCGUUUACCAGGGUCUAGACCCCGCGAAGCCGAUCGUCGUUUCCUCCACCUCGGGCGAUCAGACUCUCUUCUCCAUCACUCGGGAAGCCCUCACCGAUGUCGUUGUCUGGAAUCCCUGGAUUGAGAAGGCCAAGGGCAUGUCUGACUUUGGCCCUGAUGAGGCAUACAAGAAUAUGAUCUGUGUUGAGGCUGGCUCUGUUUCUGCAUGGCAGACUCUCGAGGCUGGUGACUCGUGGGAGGGUGGCCAGAGUAUCAAGUCUCGCCUGUGAGCCAGGUAAAAUAAUAUGGGGCCCCAUGGUGGGGAGCACUCCCUUGAUGCAUGAAUUAUUAUGACUUAAAGGUGCUUGACGAAUGAGCCUAGAAAUGAAAAGAAUUUCAUUGAAUGCAGUGGACUAUGAUUCAUUUGUUUAGUAGAUCUUGGUCAGAGCUCGCUUAAGAUCC